AUGGCCUGUCUUCACUCGUCGUCAAGCCACAGCAUUGUUAGCGUCAUCCACAAUGUUGGUAUUAAAUUGCGGCAGCGACGUGUGCGAGGUCCAGAUCCACUGCUCGUUAUCAGCUCAAAAUUCAGCUGGUCCAUCCCUGCAAAGAAAACAUUAGCCCAUCUAGUCGGUGGCCUCCCUCGAGGACGUCUUCGCAAGGGAUCCAUUCCUUAG